GUGGCCACUUCAUGACGAUGAGCGGUGGUGGCGGUGGAGGAUUAUCUCCGGCAGCGCGUUACGCUGCGGUUGAGAAGGCCAAAUCUCCACCGGGGAAAGUCAAAGGGAUUCAUUUCAACAUUGGAAAUAAUUAUAAUAAUGAUAAUGAUCAUAUACAUCAAUUCUAUGGGAUGGAGAUUAUGGAUCAUGAUCAUCAUGGGAUUGUGGAGAUAAAUAAUAAUAAUAAUAUUAACAACAACAACAAUAAUAAGGGAUUGUUCAGUUCGGGGAUCUUGUCGCCGGGACCGGCUUCGCUUCCGCCUAUUCAUCCCAACUUUUUCUCUCCACCGUCGGAUAGCUUCUUCCAUGAUCUGAGCCCUGUAAUUCAUCAUCAUCAUCAAGGUAGUAGUAAUAACAAUUACUUCAUUUCUCCUAGGAUGAUUUCUUCUCCAAAUACUCCAUCAAUUGACUUUUUACUCAGCAAUAUUUUCUCAUCAACAGAUCAAAAUUUGUAGACAUUAUUAAUUAAUUAUUUUUUUUGUUUUGAUUUGGGUACAAGAAACAACAAGAGAUUUUUUAUUUUUACUUUUAUAAUUAUUUUAAUUAUAUAUUAGAUUUGUUUAUAAUAAUUAUUAUAUGAUUGAUACAUUUAUAGAAAAGAUUAUUAAUAAAUGCCACGUAUGUACAUGUGUCAUAUGAGGUAGGGUAGGGUUUAUAUAUUUUAAUAUUUUCUCUUUUUUUCCUUGGUUUUUAAUAUUUUGGGUUUUUGUGAGACAUUAGAUGGAAUGGUACUUUAGCAGAUUGUUAACUAUAUAUAUUUCUUACAUUAUAUAUAAUCAUGGGUAUAUCACUACAUAUAUAUAUGCAUGAUCAUGUGGUGAUGAUAUAUGUACUAAUAUAUGUAUAUAUAUUAGCAUUUUUGGAUUACCAUAUUUUUGUCAUAUACUCUAUAUUGUUAUCUGAGAAAAAGAACAAUUUUCUUUCUCAAUUCAAUAUAAUGAUCUUUCCGUUAUUAAUUUAUU